AUGGAAUGUCCCGUAUGUCUUAACAACUGGAACCCAGAAACCACAAUUCCAAAAAUCCUGAAAUGUGGUCACAGUUUAUGUCAGGCAUGCGUUCUUCAACUGGCUCCAUGUCAAAUGAUCGUGGGUUUUUGACAGUGUGCAUUUCAUCGAAAUCCAUUUGGUCGAAAAUUUUGAUUUGGCCGAAAAAUUAACAGUUUUUUUGGGGUCGAAUCGAAUGUCUCACUAUCAAAAAUUUUCGGCCAAAAUUUUUUCGGUGAAAUGGACACUGUCAAAAAGGCAAAGUCAUUUGACCUGCACCCUCUUCAACUAUAUCAUAACGAACAAAUCUCAUGCCCAUCAUGCACAGGUCUUCAUAUUUUUAAAAUAUCAAGACUUCCUAAUGAAAGUGAACUAGAAUAUAGCUUUCGGUGCAUUGAAUCGCUACCUCGAAACUUUACCCUUUUAAGUUUGGUCAUAUCUAAACCUUCCCCUGCAAUUCGCCGCACUAAAACAUCGAUUAUUUCUCAUAGAGAAUUCCGAUAUGGAAUGAAAUGUCCAGAGCACAACUUGAUGAUUCACAAAUAUUUUCUAUUUAGGUUGGUCUUGACCCGCUAAAAAGGACUUCUUACUGCGGCAGCAUCUGACAACAGUAUCCUACAGAGGGUAAAGACAAAGCAGCUAGAGCAAAAUCAGAGAAGGCUCAGAUGGAGCAACCGGCAAGCAAAUCCUAAACCUGUCCACCAUAAUGGUGCAGGCCGUCUACAUGCCACUGGUAAACAAUCAGAGAGCAGGACCCUAGAACCUUACAGCAAGCCCGUAAGUAGCUGAGACAUCACCAGGCGAGCUCAAUCAUUUUGAUCCGAAAUUAAUUAUAACGAUGAUUCACUCAUAUACCGCAAAACCAUUUAGUAUGCUUUGUGAUAAAUGCAUACAAGAAAUUUCUAGUUAUAAGCUACAAGUCCACCCAUUCCCACAAGUUGUUGAAAAAGCUAGAGAAGACUUGAAAAAAGCGAAUGAUGUUCUUCAGAAAAAGAAAGAGAUUUAUUUUGGCUUAAAAAUUGAAAAUUUAGAUAUUCUAUGAUAAGGUUAAUAAUUUAUAUCAAAAAUAAAUAUUUAUUAUGACGUUUAUUUCAUUUUUAAGCAGUAUAAUAAAUCUCAAGGACUCAUUCAACAAUUAGAAGAGCACUUCCAAACACUAAAAAUAAAUUUAAACCAAGCUGCAGUCUCUUCAAAAACACAAUUACAAAGCUUAAUAUCUGCCCAUGACCAAGAAAAUAAAGAAGUUAUUGACACUAUCAAUAAAGAAUCUGAAAAUAUAGAAAAAAUAACUGGGACAUUACAGCUUCUUAUGGAAAAAGAUGACGCAGGAAUAGCAAAAGCUCAUAAAGAAGUAUUAAAACUUGUUGAGGACUCUGUAGAACCUUUACCUGAAAUUACGUGCCCAUCAUUAAAUAUCAAUAUUAAUUUAAAUCAAGCUUCUAUAGCAGCUUUCGAAGAACUGCUACAAAAUUCAUUUUCUUUUAAAUUUAAACAAGCCCAAAAAAUUACAUGAAAAUGUGGAAAAUGUUUAGGAAAAAUGACUGAUGGAGAAAUUUUGUGUACAAAAUGCGAGUGCUUUAGACCUUUAGAAAGCUAUCCCAAUUUAAUUAGCAACCCUAAUAAUGCUACACAACAGGAAAUAAUUGAAAUUCAAAAACGUCGAGAAAUUGAGCUAGAAAUGAUCAGUAAUCUUGACGUCCAGUCAGAAGAACAAGGUCUCUGAUACAUUAUUAAUGCUGAUUGGAUUGCUGACUGAAAAAACUUUAUCUUCAAUAAAACAACACGCAGCUCCCGCUAUAUCUCUCCUAAUGAAAAAAUUGGUGUUUUGCCACCUGGCCCUAUAACAAACAAUAAAUUAUUCACAAACCCAGAAAAUCCAGUUGAAAUUAAAUCAAAAUUUAAGUUUAAUAGAUUAAUAUUUAAGUCCCAUUUCUGAUUGCUUUUACUGAGAUCAACAGCUACACCAGCCUCAGUCUAGAAUGCUUCUUUUCAAGCCAAUAUUCUCAAGAAGUCGAAAACUUCUAUCAUUGAGCUCGGUUGUAGGACCGUGGUCCUACCCCUAGCCAUCAUUUUAAACUGUGAAAUCAAAAUUAAAACCAGUCGCCCAUUAUAGAGGAGUUAACGAGAACGUCUGGAAUUUAUAUUUAAAAAUAUAUGGAGGAGGCCCAGAAAUUGUCAGGAGAAAAUUAAAUAUUUAUGAAGACAUACAACCUUCAUUAUCCACUUAA